GAUUAAAAACAUCUGGAUCCGCCUACACGGAACUCCUGCCAAAAAUAUUCAGCCCAAGCUGUUGUCGCAGUGCAUACUGCGUUAAUACAUGUCCCCCGGACAAUAUCCUCUUAGCAUAGUAAGAAAAACUGAGAUUUGGGAUAACCGAAAACUUUGGAACUUCGUCUACAUCUCCUUUCUGUCAUGACUAUGGGACGGAGGCGGUGGAGUCCGUUCGCUUUCACAUCUGUUCUUCUUAUAUCGCUCUUUGUUGAUGCCAGAACAUUCACCCACAUUGGAGCCAUGUCUUUCAACGUGUGUAAGUGGUGCGACUACUCCAGCCCAGUGUGUGAAGACCACGUGUGCACAAGCAACUGCAACCUCACCUCCUUCUGCAGUCUGGCGGAGGAGGUCUGUGUGGCUAUCUGGUUACUCAAAAAUCAACGGUAAAGACGUGAUCCCAGUGGUGGUCAUCAGCCUGGUUCCUCCGUUACUGGUGGCCAUAUUGGCCACGGCCGCCUUCUACAUCUACCGCACCAGGCACCUGGGCAAACAGCCCAAAGACUGGGCUCCCAAGCGCACCAACUACCAGUCCCUGGACCCUCCGGAGGGACGAUCGGGGGAGGCCAACGGCGGCAGCGGCUAUCCCGGGAAGCUCACCCUCCUCGGGGAAGACGGCCUGUCCUCGGACCUGUCCUCCACGCGGGCCAACUGCCUGAACCACAACACGGAGCAGCUGCCCAUCCAGCUGGAGGCGCUAGUGGGCAAGGGCCGCUUCGCCGAGGUGUGGCGUGCGCGCCUCAAGCACAGCGAGGGCCAGUACGAGUCGGUGGCCGUCAAGAUCUUCCCGGCCGUGGAGUACGCGUCCUGGAGGAACGAGAGACACAUCUUCUCCGACGCCAACCUCAAGCAUGAGAACGUGGUUCAGUUCCUGACAGCGGAGGAGAGAGGCGGGGGAGGUGGCGGCGCGUCCGGCGUGGUUGGAGGAGGAGGGGGCCCGCAGAGGCAGUACUGGCUCAUCAUGGCCUACUACACCUUGGGAAACCUGCAGGACUACCUGGCGAGCCGGGUGUUGAGCUGGGCCGAGCUGUGCUGCCUGGCGGGCUCGGUGGCGCGGGGCCUUGCCCACCUCCACAGCGACACCACCCCCUGCGGAGCUUCCAAGGUGCCCGUGGCCCACCGGGACCUGAAGAGCAGCAACAUCGUGGUGAAGGACAACCUUGAGUGCGCCCUGUGCGACUUUGGACUGGCCCUGCGGCUGGACCUCUCGCUCACCGUGGACGACUUUGCCAACAGCGGUCAGGUGGGCACGGCGCGCUACAUGGCUCCUGAGGUGCUGGAGUCUCGCGUGAACCUGGAGGAUCUGGAGUCCUUCAAGCAGAUGGACGUGUACUCCAUGGCCCUGGUGCUGUGGGAAAUGGUGUCCCGCUGCGAAGUCAUAGGAGAGGUGAAGAGCUACGAGCCGCCGUUCGGCUCCAAGGUGUGCGAGCAGCCGUGUGUGGACAGCAUGAGGGAUCUGGUGCUGAGAGACAGGGGCCGGCCCGAGAUCCCCGCCGGCUGGACCACACACCAGGGGAUGCAGCUGCUGUGCGCUACCAUCACCGAGUGCUGGGACCACGACCCAGAGGCCCGUCUCACGGCCCACUGCGUAGUGGAGCGCUUCAACAGCCUAGCCCAGGACCAGGAGGAGGAGGAGAGGAACCUACUGAACCAGAGCACACCCAUCAUCACGGACCAGGAGAACAACCAGCAGAACCAGCACCAACACCAAGAACAAAACCAACACCAACACCAGACUCUAGAGCUGGAGCUGGAGCUGGAGCUGGAGAACCAGACGUCGGAGCUUCCAGAAGAGCAGGGCUCCACCACCACAGAGCAGGGCUCCACCACCACCUCCGCCCCUCCCUCCCCGCGCGCCGAGCGAGAUUCUGGCACGGGGACGGACAUGGACACGGACAGCCCCUCUCAACCCUCGCCCGUAUCAGACACACAAGCGUCGGAGGAGCUUACAUCAGUACUAACAGAGGCGUGACGCACUGCCUGGGAUAAGCUCUCCAGCAACAUAGCAGAGACAAUUCAAAACAAUUGAACUGAAUUUUUUGGAGUUUUGUAUUUUGAUUUGUAAAUCGGUCGACAGCAUGGAGCUGGUCUCCUAUGUUUAUUUGUUUUGUUUUGUUUUGUUUUUGUAACUGUGCACUUCUCGUGUAUUUGCUGUGCCACUGAAGGACUCAUACUCUAUCAGAGGUGUAAGGGCAGGGCUGGACUGCCCAUCUGGCAUAGCUGGCAUUUCUCUAAGGGGCCUGCAUUUACAUUUUGGAAAAAAAGGGGCCCACGAGGGUGGAGUGCCCACCGGUGAGUCAGUUCUGCGCCGCUAAUUACACUAUGAGGGGCCCCUUUAAGCAAAAAGUGCCCGGGCCCUAUUUCUCCCCUUAGGCCAGCCCUUCCGUGGAGUCAAGAGAGUAUUAUGCUGACAGGCCAAUGCAUCAAAGAGCUAUUAUAUAAUUCCCCCCUGAAGGAGCAACAUAGUGAUGCAGUCGAUAAAAAAGAUCACUGUUCUUGAAGGCACGCUAUCAAAAAUAGCUUUAUGCAGUUAGCAAUCUUAGAGGGACAGAGGGCAAAAAGUGUUACGUCUUGGAUGAAUUGUAUGUUUUCUAUGGGUCAUGUUUGUGAAAACUGCACCGCCCAGAGACAUUUUCCAAGGCUGUUUACCACAUAUUAUUUCCUCGUUUGAGUAUUUUUCCACUGCCUUUCUCGGAAUCCACGAACCACGGCACAGUCAUCCGAGAAGCUGAAGUCAAAGUGGUUUUAAAAGCCUUUCAAUUUGAUUAACCACAGGCAGUAUUUCAAAAUAUUUGCGAAAAUGAGCACAACUCCAAGAUGAAAGAGAUGGGGAAAAAAACAAAGGAAGGAUUUUUCGAAGAAGAGACCUGACCAAUUAAAUUUUACAAUUAUGUAUUUUUGGAAUUGUCAGAACAAUUGUAUUAUGUAACAUUUUAAAAAUAUUUUUAACUUUACAGGAUCUAAAAAAGUGGCCUGGACUUGAACAGACAUUUGUCAAGAUUUCGCUAACGACUCAAGAAAGGGCUUUACUUUAUGGUCGGCUGUAAAAUCAAAUUAAAGAGACCCUGGGAAGAAGAAAGCUCAGUCUACUAAACUGUCUGGAGAAGACAGACAGGAAGAGUGACUUCAAUCCCUGCUACAAACUCAAUAACGCUCACGACAUGUCACUAAAUGUGGAACGCUUUUAUCAAAGCUACCGUGCAGACUCAAUUUCAGCAAAUUACACUGAUUGAAUGAGGCAAAUUAAGUGAUUUGAUACAUCAGCCUGACAAACUAACAUUUUUCAUCAGUAAAGCCUCCAAGAGGUGCUCCUGAAAGGAGGUGUGACGACGAGACUAAUUUUCAUCAUAUCCCCUUGACGAUUACUAUGUUCCUGUGAGUAGUUUGACCAACUGACUGAAAUAUUACCAACAGAGAUCAAGACAUUUGAAGGAUGUCUUGAACAAAAAAGAAAAAAACUCUGUGAAGGAGUCUAAAGUGAAAAGCCAUAUUGUGUUUUUUUUUUAGUUUUAAGGCUAAAAUGAGAACUGAAUAUUUCUCCAAUUGUGGCAGUUAAAAAACACUAAAUCAUGCACUGAUGACAUUGUAUUUAUUGGGCACACUUCCAAUAUGUACUCUGAAAGGCAUUCCAUUUGCUAGUAGUGAAGAGAAACCUAUGACACAAAAUAGGAGGUUCUGUGAAUACAGAUGAAGGACCAGAUUCUAGGAAACUAAUGAGCCACUGUGUUGAUUGUGAACUGGUGUCACAAAUGUAUGAAUUAUGAAAAAUCUAUAUAUUAUAAAAUAUGCAUAUUCAUCUCAUAAAGUGUUGUAUAUAAAGUGUGAAUGUUGUUCGGUGUGAAUCAUUUCAGCGGUUCAAGCAGUCCCAUCCAAUGCAAAAAAAAUGAAUAAAAAAAAUCAGUGAGUAACUGAAAACUCAAAGACCAAAUAAGAAAAACAGAGCAAAAGAAAUCCUCAACAAAUAUAUUAGCAAUUUUAUUCAUUCAUCAGGACUUUGUCAGGCUACAGGGAGUGUUGUUAAAAUAUCAGUGCAAUUCACAGCUUAGCAAGAUAUACAGGUCAAAUGAAGAACACAAAAAGGGGGAGCAGAAAUAAAACAAAAAACAAAAA